AUGGCAUUGAAUCUGUUUUUAGCCUUCUCAAUGUGCUGUUUCUCCACCAUUGGUAUGAUUGGCACAAAAGCCAAUCCCCAAGUUAGCUCACUUUCUGUAUCAACUGCUAAACCUCACAGAUUUGUCUCUAAAUUGAUUCACCCUCACUCUGUUCACCAUCCAUACUACAACCCAAAUGAAACAACAGAAGACCGGAUGGAACAUGACAUCAAACGUUCACUUGCACGCGUCGCUUCAUUGCAAGCAAGGAUCAGAAGUUCUUCAGUUUCAAAUGAUCACCGAGCUAGUCUUUUUCCCACAGCAUCCCAUUCAACCAUGCUGGCCAAUAUCUCAAUUGGCCAUCCGCCUAUCCCACAACUACUAGUUAUGGACACCGGCAGUCCAUUCUUAUGGGUUAUCUGUGUCCCUUGCUCGAAUUGUGCCCCGUAUCCCGGUCCAAUUUUUGAUCCUUCACAAUCUUAUACCUAUUCCCCACUGUGCAGCUCACCCCCUUGUCAUUAUAACAGCUCAAAUCAACUUUCAUUUAAUGUCACUUAUGCAGACACAACCUUCGUAUCAGGAACACUUGCCUUUGAACAGCUAGUCUUUGACACAUGUCAUGAAGGGAGGAGUGAAGUAUUCAAAGCGUUACUUGGGUGUGGCCACAACUUUUUGUCUAGUGGAGAGCCAGGAUAUAAUGGAAUACUAGGACUGAACAAUUAUAAUCUGACUCUGGCCUCUCAAACGGGCAAAAAGUUCUCUUACUGCAUAGACAGCAUCAUUGACAGUAAGUCUGAUCACAGCCAUUUGAUGUUAGGUGAAGGAGCCUAUCUUGAAGGAGACUCAACACCUUUUGAAGUGUUUGAUGACAUGUACUAUAUCACCAUGGAAGGCAUAAGUGUAGGUGAAAAGAGCAUUAACAUAACCCCAAGAACUUUUGAGAGGAAAGCAGAUGGCACAGGUGGAGUUAUCAUUGACUCAGGUUCCACAUUUACCUUCCUGGUGGAUGAAGGGUAUGAAGUACUGCUCAGAGAAAUUAGAAGCCUGUUAGAUGGGUCCUUUAGAGGAGUUCGAUAUGUAGGAGAGCCAUGGCUAUUGUGCUAUUUGGGGACUCUCAGCACAGAUUUGGUUGGAUUUCCAGUGGUUACAUUCCACUUCGCUGAAGGGGCAGAUUUGGUCUUGGACAAAGAAAGCCUCUUCAUACAGAGGAAUAAUGACACUUUUUGCACGGCUGUGGCUCCAAUCAACGUCGUUGAUCUCUGGUCUAAACCUUCUAUUAUAGGCUUAUUAGCUCAGCAGGGUUACAAUAUCGGAUAUGACCUCAAUAAUAAGGAUAUUUACUUCCAAAGAAUUGAUUGUGAACUUAUUAGUAGCUGA